AUGGACGUCGACGUUCGAGGUUCUCCUACUGAUGGUAAGGUUUUAACGUUUUUUUCGAAGUUUAGGUAUUCAAAGAAGGUAAAUUGGAGGGUUAAUAUUACUUUGAGGUUAUCCUUCAAUUUUUUGUGUUUAAAAUGUUGUUAGUAAAGUUUAACUGGCUAUCGUGUUUAAAAUUGUUAUAUUGAACUACUUUUUGAUUUCCUGUGUAACGUUGAGCAAAAAAUAAGCCUAAUGAGGCCACGCAUCUAUAAGCUAAUGGUAAGCGCAUUUUUUAGAUGGUGGCGAACAGCGUUUCUUGUUCACAUCUGAAAGUGUAAGCGAAGGACAUCCGGAUAAGAUGUGUGACAUCAUUUCUGACACCGUUCUCGAUGCUCAUUUGGCUCAAGAUCCUAAUGCCAAAGUUGCAUGUGGUAAGUUUUGCUAUAUUAAUCUGCGUACACAUAAUUGUUAUUGCACUAGGGGUUUUUUGCCGUUUUUAUAUCAACUUUGUUGUAGAGACUGUAACAAAGACCGGUAUGAUCAUGCUUUGUGGAGAAAUAACGUCCAAGGCGACCGUGGACUAUCAAACUUUGGUUAGAAAUGCUGUCAAGAAGAUAGGCUUUAUUGAUGCAGAGGCUGGUAAGUCUUAACCUAAGGUAAACUCAAGAAUUCAUUAUAUUGUACAUCGACUGAAAAAAGUAUAAAACUGUUGGAUUACUUUAAUUCCUUUUAGGAUUCCACUACAAGUCGUGCAACGUCUUGGUGGCUCUCGAACAACAAGCUCCUGAGAUAGCCCAAGGAGUUCAUUUGAACAGGUCAGAAGAAGAUGUUGGAGCAGGAGAUCAAGGUCUUAUGUUUGGGUACGCGACUGACGAAACCGAUGAAGCUAUGCCACUCUCUUUACUUCUUGCUCAUCAACUGACUAGUCGACUACAUACUUUGAGAAGGAAUGGCAUAUUGGAUUGGUCGAGACCUGAUUCCAAGUCCCAAGUAAGUUAGUUUUAUGUACGGACCUUUUGUUAUACAUUAUAGAGGUAUCUUUCUGUGUUUUGUUCUUGUAAUUUUAUAUUUUAAAUAUAUUUUUCCUUUAGGUAACGGUUGAAUACAAGUUCGACAACGGUGCUUGUGUGCCAGUCCGUGUCCACACUAUUGUGAUGUCCGUUCAACAUUCGGAAGAUGUCACUUUGGAACAAGUUCGUGAUGAUUUGAAGGAACAUGUUAUCAAAGAAGUGAUACCUGGAAAUUUGUUGGACAAGGACACCAUUUACUACUUGAAUCCUUGUGGAACCUUCCAUGUUGGAGGUCCACAGAGUGAUGCUGGUCUGACCGGUCGAAAAAUCAUCGUAGACACUUACGGUGGAUGGGGAGCUCAUGGUGGUGGUGCCUUUUCGGGAAAGGAUCCCACGAAGGUCGAUCGAUCGGCAGCGUACGGUGCUCGAUGGGUGGCCAAGUCUUUGGUUAAGGCUGGAGUUUGUCGCCGUUGUUUGGUCCAAGUGUCUUAUGCCAUCGCUGUUGCCAAACCUUUGUCGAUUACGGUGAUUUCCUAUGGAACAUCACCUUUGUCAGAAGUGGAGCUGUUACAAAUUGUGAACGCCAACUUUGAUUUGAGACCUGGUGCUAUUAUAAAGUAAGUUUUGUUUCAGUUUAGUGAUUUAAUUGCUUCGACAGUGUUUUAAAAUUAGUUGGUUAUAUAAAUACAGUGAACGUAGUAUUUUAUUGUGCCUUUUAAGGUUUGUGAAGACCGAAAAUAAUGCAAUAUUUUUAGGGAAUUGGGCUUAAAGACACCAAUCUACUCGAAGACCGCUGCCAACGGUCACUUUGGUCAUGCUGAGUUUCCGUGGGAACGCCCUAAGGAACUGGAUAUCCCAGCUCAUUUGGCGGCCAAGUUAAAGAAGAAGGGUCACCACGCCCUGAAUGGAUCUGGCGAUGUCAAGGUCAAUGGACACACGCACUGA